AUGAAAGAGCUAAACUAUUUGGCCUCUUCUAUCAUGCUUGAACUUCAUCUUCCAUGUCAAUACAAAAAAAAGUCAAGGGGUGACAAUAUCCGGAAAAUACUCAGCAGCGGAGGGAUAUUGCGCAAAUUCAGGCGUCCCAUCCUGGAAUAUCAGACUCUGCAGGAAACAAGAUGGAAAUCAAAUAGUGCCUCUCUCAUUGGGAAAUACAAGUUGUUCUGGAAUGGCAUAAAGACAGCUCAAAAUGGAGUGGGAGCCAUACUUGAUGUGAAUACCAAGAUACUCGACACAGAAACCCACCCGGGUGGGUUGAAAAUCCGUGAGGCCCUGCACAUCAACAAAUGUAAACCAACCAUGAACAAACAAACCAAUAGAUUCGACCACACUCUCCAGCUAUUCUCCUACCUUAUAUAA